GGCGAUGGCGGCGGCGACGACGACGACGACGACGACGCUGGCCGGGCUGGUGGAGGCGCUGACGACGGCCGGGGGGCCGGAGCCCGAGCCGCGCGCGAUGAAGGAGCUGAAGCGCCGCUGCAAGGCGUCCCCGGAGGAGGUGGGCGGCGCCUACCGGCUGCUGCUGGGCCAGCUGGCGGCCGAGCACGCCGAGGUGCGGCUGGGCGCCUUCCGCGUCCUGGAGCAGCUCUUCUGCCGCUCGGCCGCCUUCCGCGCCCGCGCCGUGGCCGACCUCCCCGAGCUCCUGGCGCUGACCCUGGCCACCGACCUCGACCGCCCGCUCCCGCCGCCCGCUCCCGCCGCCCAGCAGCUGAGGGCCGCCGCCCUGCGGGCCCUGCGCGACUGGCACCGCCGCUACGGCACCGCCUACCCGGGACUCGACCUCGCCUGCCGCUUCCUCCAGCGCAGCCAGAAGGUGGACUUUGAAGAUAUAGGUGCCAGAACUCUAGUUGAAAGAAGAAGGAAUGAAGAUAGACAGAAACGAUUGGAUAUUAUUUACAAAAAUAAAGCCCAGAGAGCUGGAAAAGAGCUGGAAGACAUGUCCCCAGAGAUCGAAGCUGUGCUGACAGAGAUGGAGAAUUGCUUUCGGCUUCUCUUGCCUGAUCUGUUUGACUUCACGGUGAAUGAUAUGGAAACCACGGCUUGGAGGGUUGCUGAAGGUGACCAGUCUGCCCAUUCACCUGCACAGGUGGUUGGUCACCCGGGCCCUUUCCUCAGACAGGUGGAAGACGAGCAGCCCUGUUGCAGCAGGGACCUUCCUUCCAUCUCUUGCGCCCCAGAAGGUGAUGACAGAGACUCUGGUAGUGAAACAGAGGCAGACCCUGGCAGGGAAGGUUCUCUAACAUCCAAACUGACUUCUGGUUGCCUUGGUGGGGAUGAUGACAACGACGACGCAGCCUUUGUUCGGCAUCAUGGUCUCGGCUCUCAUAAAUACACUCUCAAUCUUGAAAUCUCUACAGAUGUGAAACUGCAGGAAAAUGAAGACAACAUGGCCAUAAUAAACACUGUUACAGAUGCUCAUAAACUCAUCAAAAACAAAUUCUUGCCAUCUGUACAAUCUUGGAUUCAGGUGUUCACAAGAGCUGGAAUAAGUGAUGAUCGUCUAAGAAGAGCUAUUGAUCUUAAAACUAAGUUGGAGAGUGCAUUGGAGAAACAUAAGGAAAUGAAUAUUGAAUAUAAAGAGAAGACGAGGAAAGUGACAAAAGCCUCUGACGAUAGCAGCGAUGAUGAGGAAUUCGUGGACGUCCCUGCGAAGGAGGGCUAUGAGCCCCGCAUUCCAGACCACCUUCGGGAGGAGUACGGCCUGGACCCUCUUUCACCUCCAGAAACCAUAGGAACAAAGACUGCAGCAAAGAGAGAACCUAAACAAAACGAAGACGAACUUGAUCCAACAUGUGCUGCUGCAACAUGGAAAAUUGUCCAUGAUAAACUACCGAGAGCGCAACCUCCAAAUACCAGGAAUUCUGAGUUUGCAACUUCAGGGGAGCACAACAAAAAACAUGAAGAAGAGAAAUCCAAGGCUCCAAUCGUACCUUUUGGGUUAGAUCUUUUCUACUGGGGACAAGAACAACCAACUGCUGGCAAGAUUCUUAAGGUUUCAUCUCAGCAUCGCUUUUGGGCACCCAAUGAGAUGGAAGAAGAAGUGGAGAACAAAGAUGUUGCAGGGAUGCUGAAAAGCAGAUGCGUAACCUUUGCUGGCACGUUUGAGCCAGUGCAGCACAAAUGCCGGGCCCCAAUGCCAAGCGGGGGUCUGUGUGGAAGGCAGGAUAGAGUUAAGUGCCCUUUCCAUGGAAAAAUAAUCCCACGGGAUGAACUCGGAAGCCCUGUUAAUCCGGAGGACAGAGAGAGGGAAGCAAAGAAGCAGUUUGAGCAACAGGAGAAGCAGCCAGAGUGGCAAGAUCCAGAAUUUAUGAGAGAAGUUGAGGCAGCCACAGGGGUUGAUCUUGGAUCUUCUCGAUACACUGGGAAAGGAGGAAAAAACAAGGGAAAGAAAAAGAAAUACCCAAACCUCACAGACCUGAAGCAACAAGCAAAUACAUCUCGUUCCCGUCUUGAAAAAAAAGUUUUUGAUAAAGCGGCAAUGAAACGGGUGGUGAAAGCAAUGAAUCGAGUAGACCAAAGAAAACACGAAAAGUUUGCAAACCAGUUUAAUUACGCACUCAACUGAACUGCGAUUUGCAGUAAGACCACUAAUGGUGCUGUGACUCACUUCCUUAGACUAAUAUUGUAAUUAGUAACUAUUUAUUAAUUGUAAUUUAAAUAUCAAAUAGUUGAUAAUGAGCAUAAAUUUAUAGAAAAGAAUUCUACAUGUAACACACUGGUAACUUUUUGGCCUUUGUAUUAAACAGAAGCUUUAUGACUUGCAUGGGAAGUCCCCCCCCCCCCCCCCCCCCCCCAGCU